UUAGCCGCUCUCUCGGUAUUGGCCAGUUUUGGAUAACCGGCACUUCGCUGCAGCGCAUGAAUGCAACGCGGUCAAAAGUCACCCAAAGGUUGCAGGGUCACUUCCAAUGAAAAGAUGAGGGGUGCUGCUUCUCAUCGCCUCGGAGCUGCGCCGGGACAAAGAUGACUCGCACACUAUUGAAAAUGUGGCGCUUUUACGCCUUCCCACCUGGCCGUGGCAUCUCUGAGCUCCGUGUGAAUGAGCGUCGGUGCUAAAUUGACCGACGUCUAGACAAGCAGGACGUAAACAACAUGUUUUGCUAGACAUGAUGCGACACGCCCCGUGUUUGGUCUUCACGCUUUCCGCUCCCGGCGACUUCUUUUUUCUUCUUUUUUUUUGGGUACAAUUUGCUCUUUGGUUUGUUGCAAGAAAAGUAUGUGCCGAAGUUUGUACUGCGUAAAACGCGGAAAUGGAUAAUUGUAACUAACAACAAAAAAAAAAAAAAAAAAAUAGCUCAUUGCCUCCCUUAUAAAUGACACCUCUAUAAAUUCUGUCUGGACACAUUUAACGUUGGAUUUCUCACCGGAAUGUGUAGCUCCAUGCGCAAGGUUGUUGGGACAGCUUGCCACCACGGCUCCACGUUUUCUUUGAUGUUUUUACAAUGUUUGUCCAGUUGCUUAGCGCAUGGUGCUGCUUCAUAAGAGUUUCAGACACCGGACGACCAUGGGGGCGGUCAGAGGGGCUGCCCUUUCCACCUCCAUUCACACUCUGAAAGGCUGAUGUUGCGUCUUUCUCUCUCAUUGUGCAGUUUCGUUCGCUUAUUUCGCUGUUCGGGAAAAUGGACCCGAAUGAGAGUCUGCCUGUUGAGUUUUGUUUUGGUUAUUAAGGCAUAUAUUUCAUGCAACGCAAUUGCAUAUUUUUUAUUGGAUUUUUUUUUUUCUCCACGCGUUUCUGGGAUAUAUUUUGUUCAGUAAACGUCCAGCGCAUGGGAACUCGUCUUGAUCUUUUGGAUUGCUACAAAUCUCCUCUCUGCGCACAGCAAACUGAUUUCCACAAUGUUUACGCACAAAACGGACUACCACGUUUGAAAAUCGACAUUAUACCGAAUUUGAAGACCUAAAGUAGGAAUGGAUUUACUCGGUGGGCGACUCAUGCAAAAGCGCAAUAAUGUAUAAAUUCCCUCUACAACUUUUGAAGGAUAGAUGUAUAAAGGAUCAAAGUUGGCGUAAUGCACCCAACUCAAAUAAACUAGUAUUAGGAUGGAUUAGUGCGUAUUUGGUGAUGCUCCUGGUUUGCGAAUUACCCGAACUUUCUUUGUGUGCAAGUGUGGCAGGAUCCAAAGUUGAACACUUAGGAUUUUGUCCUAACAAGCUGAAUUCCAAUCUCUGGGUUGAUGCGCAAAGUACCUGCGAGAGAGAAUGCAACGUCGACGAGGACUGUGCCGACUUUGAGAAAUGCUGCACCAACGUGUGUGGUCUCAACAGCUGUGUGGCUGCACGUUUCUCUGAUGGCACCCCUGCCCAGCCAGAUGGGCAGGGUGGAGGAAAAGGAAAUGAUGCCCCCAACUCCACAGCUACCUGCGAGGGCUUUAUCUGCAGCCAGCAGGGAGCCACCUGUGACAUCUGGGAUGGACAACCCAUCUGCAAGUGCCGGGACCGGUGUGAGAAAGAGCCCAACUUCACCUGCGCUUCAGAUGGCCUCACCUACUUCAACCACUGCUUCAUGGACGCAGAGGCCUGCAUCCGUGGGGUGACUAUAACCGUGGUCGCCUGCCGCUUUUACCUGGCCGGGCCCCACACCAGUCCACUGCCUCAGGACACUACAGCUAACCCCACCCCGACAUCCUCCCAGGAGGACCCCAUGCCCCCCACGCUGUACUCCAACCCUCACCACCAGUCCAUCUAUGUGGGAGGCACAGUCAGCUUCCACUGUGACGUUAUUGGAGCCCCCAGACCUGAUGUAACAUGGGAGAAACAAAGUGAACGGCGCGAGCGGCUGGUCAUGAGGCCUGACCAGAUGUAUGGCAACGUGGUUAUCACCAACAUCGGUCAGCUUGUCAUUUACAACGCGCAGGUGUGGGAUACAGGUAUCUACAUCUGCAUUGCACGGAAUUCUGCUGGCGUUCUUCGUGCAGACUAUCCCCUGUCUGUCAUCCGUCGGUCUGAUGACGAUUUCUCUGAAGAUCCUGAGAUGCCAAUGGGGCGCCCAUUCUCCCCAGCAGACUGCCUGGCUGAAGUAGACCUGAGAGUGUGCAGUGGAGAGCGUCACAUGGACUGGUAUUAUGACAGCAAGAUGGGUUCCUGCAUGGCCUUCAGCAACGGCGGAUGUGACGACAGCCGCAACCGAUUUGAGACUUAUGAGGAGUGCAAGGCCUCCUGUCAGAGAGAGGGGAUGGGCAUCUGCUUCCUGCCUGCUGUGCAGGGCCCCUGUAAAUCUUGGGAACCACGUUGGGCCUGGAAUUCGAUCUUGAAACAGUGCCAGGCCUUUGCCUAUGGUGGCUGCCAUGGGAAUGCCAACAAUUUCCGCACCAAGAAGGAGUGUGAGGCAAACUGCCCACAGCCCAAAAGGAGACCUUGCAAGACCUGUCGGGUGAAGGGGAAAAUGGUGCCCAGCUUAUGCCGUAGCGACUUUGCUAUCGUGGGGCGGCUGACAGAGCUGGUGGAGGAGCUGGACUCUGGGUUUGCCCGCUUUAGCUUGGAAGAAGUCCUCAGAGAUGAAAAGAUGGAAUUGACUUUCUUCAAUACCAAACACCUAGAGGUGACUAUAGCCAAGAUAGACUGGAGCUGUCCCUGUCCCAACAUCACCAUGGACGAAAACCCUUUGCUGGUAAUGGGUGUGGUGCAGGAUGGCAUGGCCAUCAUCCAAUCAGACAGCUAUGUCAGAGCCAUAACCGAACGCCGACUCAAGAAGCUACGUGAGGUUCUGAAUAAAAAGACCUGUGAGGUAUUGUAGAAGUCCCAGAAUUUAGACUUAUUAGCCCGCAGAGGGUCUGUGGUCACCUUUACCUUUUAGCACUAGGGAUGAGCAUCAGAAUUGCAACAAAAAAAGCUAAAACUUAGUAACGCUUUAAAUCAAAAGACACAAAUAUGUUAAAUACUAUAUGUCAAUGUGUCAGGUGAUUUGUAUGUUCAUUACAACACAGGUUGUACUACAUUCCAGAUGUGUUGAAUACAUUAAUACCAAUGCUGAAAUGUUUUUUUUUAUAAGUUUAAAUAUAGAUAUUCUUUCUUUUGAAAUAUAUUCUGUGUAUUUCUGAAAAAUAACAUAGUAGCCAGAAUAGCAGCCACACAAGUUGAUCAAUUUGCAAUAUGCCUAGCUUGUGAAGCUAAAGAACUAGACACCUACAGUAUAUUACCUCCAGAUUGUGUUUGUUUUUCUAUUUUAUUGUAUUAUGUAUAUUUUGUACUGGGUUCUUUAUACUAGUCAUUUGCAUAGCUGUUUAUAUAAGUUACCUUUUGUUGUUAUGUAUGACUUCAAGCUCUAAUGUGUGCCGCACAUUCUCUCCCUCUGCAAAGCACUUCUGCUAACUUAGUCUCAGUCUCUGCAAACUGAAUGAAAAAAUAGAAAGAGUAGGUGGCGGUAUCGAGGUAAAUAUAGCACAAAGACAACAUAUCAAUCUGUGAGCCUUUUUACUCAAGUGUGCAAUACAGAAGAAUAUAGUGUAUAACAUAAUUCAGUAUUUCAGUUCUGAAUAAAUAAUUGUAUCUAUGUCAAUGUGUACCAGAAUAUGGGGAAACAGUUCAUUAAAAAUUCUGGAAAUUU